AAGUAAAAGGAGUGAAUUUUUGUUGUGUUUCGUGCGGUUUAAUUUCGCGAUUUAAGAAUAAUAAUUUGUAGUGGAAACAUUAAAAUAUUAAUAAAUUGUGCAGUGAAUAUUUCGUUUUAAAUUCGGUUGACAAACGCGAAUCGAUGAUUGUGUUUGAGAAUUCGAAAAGCGUCGCAACGUUGGGGCCAAAAUAAAGUGUUUCUGUUGGGAAGGGAUAUAAAAAAAUGUGCGUCGCCGGUUGAGGAAAAAACGGUCCUUUGUUUAAAGUGUAGAAAACAAAAACGUGAUCUCCAUUGUUGAAGAAACAGGUGCUCGGUAUAGUGUUCGUUUGGGGGAAAAUCCGUGCAAGUUUGUGGUUUUAGUUCGAGUGCAAGUGCAACGAUGGCCGAUAAUAUCACGGUCUCGAUCAAGGUCCGACCGUUGAUCAAACGGGAGAAGGAAAGUAAACAAUCGUCGCACUGGCGGAUCCGGGGAAAUACCAUCAGCCCCGUCGAAGGAAAUGGGGAUCCAUUUGUGUUUGAUCACAUCUUUGACGAAACCGUUCCGACACGAGAAUUGUUCGAGAAGGUGUGUCGUCCCAUCAUAUUGUCUACGCUGAAUGGAAUAAACGGUACUAUCUUUGCCUAUGGGCAAACGUCCUCCGGAAAGACCUAUACGAUGAUGGGCGAGGGCCAGGAACCGGGGGUUGUCCCUCUGGCGGCUGGCGAAAUAUUCAAGGAGAUGGAAAACAUAAAAGAUCGCCAGUUCUUGAUCAGGGUUGGCUUCAUCGAGAUCUACAACGAAAAAGUUUUUGAUCUGCUGGACAAGAGCAAUUGUAUGCUCAAGAUCUUCGAAACUCAAUAUGGGGAUGUGUCUUUAAACUAUAAGGAAUUUAUUACCAAUUGUCCGGAACAGAUAAUGCAAUAUUUGGAGGAAGGCAAUAAAAUGCGAAAAAUUGGCGAUACAAACAUGAACGAACGGUCCAGUCGAUCGCACACCAUAUUUCGAAUAACGAUCGAGUCACGCUUGAUCGAUCGAAAAGAAGGAGACGAGAAUGACGCGGUACAGAGCAGCACGCUGAACCUUGUGGAUCUGGCAGGAAGCGAAAGAGCAAACCAGACCGGAACGAGUGGAUCGCGCUUCAUAGAAGGUGCUCACAUCAAUAAAAGCUUACUUUCUCUGAGUUGUGUCAUCCAGAAGCUCAGUGAAAAUGCGGAGAGUGCUGACAACCUCAAGUAUAUCAAUUACAGGGACUCCAAAUUAACGCGAAUAUUGCAAGCAUCCCUGGGAGGAAAUGCCGUCACCACUAUGAUCUGCAACAUCACGCCCGCCGCCCUUGACGAAAGCUAUUACACGCUGAGCUUCGCCAUGCGGGCCAAAACAAUAAAAAACAAACCCAAAGUGAACGAAGUCCUGUCGGAUUCGGUCAUGAUGAAACGUUUGGAACGUGAAAUCAAGCGUCUUCAGGAACAACUUAAAUCCGAGCAGAACAAAAACAGUAACAUUAAAACCCUCCAACUGCAAAACGAAAUCACGAUGCGGGCCAACCAGAUCAUUAACUCCCAAAACUACAUCAAAUUCGAUAAAUCUCGCCGCCGAACCUGGUGCCCUUCGGCCACUUCUAGCAUUUCCAAACCGAUCGUCUAUGUCGAACCAUCCCAAGCGGACUCCCACCUAAUGCCUCCGCCGCCACCAUUCCUGGCCAGACCCAGCUCGUACUCGGGCAAUCAGACGAACUCGUCCAUCGAAUCGUCGGCGGAACGGUCUCCCACCCUACGACCGGAGUUGGCCAACUGCGAUAGCAAUCCGGAGUGGUUGGCCCGAAAGGUGCGCUCGGUGACGCCCCGGGGCGGCCGGAUCAUGUCGAUGGGUGCCCUCAGCAACAGCGACGAGUUCAUUCCCGGCGAGUUGGCCGACUUCGACGAGCGAUCGCCGGAGAGCCUGGCGCGGGAAAUUCAUACCCCCGGCACGCUGAAAGCCAAGCGGCGUUCGCGCCGGUCGUCGACCGGGGAGACGCCGACCAACUUUAUCGAUUACGAGAAAAGAUGUAGAGAGCUGGAAGAGGAACUGCAAGAAUUGCAGGAGUUCACCAAUCUGGAGAAGAACCUGGACUUGGCCGAUAUCAAGCGAAAACUACAAACCGGAGCGGACAAUCGGGCCGAACAGCGCUACAAAGAGGAACGGGAUAGCCUGGAGGAGCGAUGUAAAGACCUAACCGAGGAUCUACUCCAGAAACAAGAGCAAAUAUUCGACAUGGAAAAGGAGCUGAUCGUUUCCCGAAAAGAGCGGGAAGCAGCCGUCAAAGAAGCGGAAAACUGUCGGAACGUGCAGAACAGCGUACAGAUGGAGUAUGAACUGUACCAGCAGCGGGCCAAGUCUCGCGAAAACGAGUUGGUCGAGUCCCUCCACGAAGCACGGGGCAGCUCUACUCCGAAAGCAGACGUUCAAAAGCUUCUGGACACCACGCGACAGGAACUGAAACAAUUGGAGGUGCAUAACUACGAGCUACAACGGCAGCUGGAACGACAAGCUGAAGACCUGGAGAAACUCAAAAAGGCCGAAACAGAUCAGGAAGAGAAGCUGAGUAAAAUGAUGGACGCGCUCAACAAGGAUAUAAACAGAAAAGAUGCGAAGAAGCUUUUCCGAUUGGUAACUAAACUGAGAGCAAUCCUAGCCGAUGAAGACCUAUUGCUAAUCAACACCAGUAUCGACACGGACGAGUUCGCCGACAGUUUGGGAGAUUCUAGCUUCAAUAGUGACAGCUUAGAUCGGAUGUCGCCAUCGAAGAUAGUUCUGACCAAUGACACUGGUAGUACAAAUGUGAUCUACAAAAACGGAAAUAGUCAGAUGCUUGACAUGACAAUUGAAAAUGGAGAGCUCAAGAAGAAGGUUAAACUGUUGGAAGAGGAAAGCAGAAACAUGGAUGAGUUGCUGAAAAAAUAUGAGAUGGAAAUCGAAAAACUGAAUAAAAAUGAUAGUCAGGCGAAGGAGCUGGCGAAACAACUCGCCGCGGAAAAAGACAACUCAAAGCGCGUGAAUGAAUCGUUUCAGAUCAAAAAGAUUGAGCUUGAUAAACUAACAGCAGAAUACGAUGAACUGUCGAUGCAAGUGAUGGACAAUCUUCAAGACAUCGACAACUACAAGCAACAGAUUGAACAUCUCGACAAAAAGUUGUCGGAAUCCUCCGCCACAAUUGAUCAGCUGAACGAGAAACUGGAAGCGUUCAAAAAUACAGAAACGGAUCUUCAGCUGCUACAGGAAAAGAACAAGGCAACCGAAGUUCAGCUUGGUGAAGCUCACAUGCGGAUAGUUAAGCUUCAAGAGGAAAACGAAAAUCUGCUACCGUUCAAGACUAAGUUUGAAGAAUCUAAUCAGCAAAUAGCGCGGUUGCAAUCGGUUUCGGAACAGUUGGAGCAACUACGUAGUGAGUAUCAGGAGCUGAAAUCGAAAAAUCAAGCUAUCGAGGAGGCUAAGAAGGAAUUAGAAGUCAAACUACAUUCCAUGCAAGAGAGUCAGGAGAAACACGGUGAGCUGAAGACUCAUUUCGAGGAGCAGCAGCUUAAACUGAAACAACUGCAGGAGGAAAACCACGAUCUGACUGUGGCCGUGCAAGAGCUUUCCGCAAAACUUGUCAGCCUUGAGGAGCAAAUAGUUCGAGAAGAUAGCAGUGAGCAGUUAGAUGCCGAUGAGCCGGCAAACGAAAGUAUAAAAACAAAGCUUGAAACCAGCCUCGAGUUGAUUAAGGAAGAAACGAUUCAUCUUUCGGAGGCGCUUCCUAAUUUGGAAGAAAUUGAGAGAAAGGUACAGGAGCUCGAACAGGAAAAAGAACUGUUGGUGAAACAAAUAAACGAUUUGCAGACAAAUCGAGAUGAGCUGCAAAAGACGUGUGUUGCAUUACAAACCGACAAGGAAAACGCUGUGCGAGUCUUGAAGAAAGAUUUAGAUGAACUGAAUGAACGAUAUUGUAGCAUUCAAAAUGACAAGCUGAAGCAGGAAGAGGAAAUUCAAGUUCUUACCGACAGUUUGUCUGGUCUGGAAGAAUCAAAAUCCAAAUUACUACAUCAGAUUGAAUCACUCAAAGAGGACCACGUUCGGAAGGCAAAAGAAUCCGAUCAUACUUCAGAGUUAGAAAUCAGCCUACAGAAGUCGUUGGAGGAACUUGCCACCUUUAAGGAAGAAAAUAUUAUUCUCGUGCAACAAAUCGAAAACCAUAAAACGGAACAGCAGUCCAUUGAAGAUAAAUGCGAAAGCCUGUGCAACGAACUAUCGCAGAUGAUAACAGUCAAGGAUCAAACAAAUGAAGCUGAAAAGCAGGCACUUCAGAACAAAAUCAACGAUCUUCAAGGAAUUAACAUACAAUUCCAAGAGAAGAACGCACGUCUGAGCGAACAGGUCAGUGCAUUGCAGUCGGAGUUGAACAGUGUCGGCGAACAAAAGAGUAAACUGUUUUCAAAACUUCAAGCGGUGGAAAACGAAAUGGAAGAAUCGUCCAACAUUCGCGAGCUUUUGGACCGGGAGGUCCGAGCGUUGAAGACUGAUCUCAACAACCUGCAGCAGCAACUGACUGAAAACAAUGAAAAACUGGAACAGCUUCAGAAGGAGAAUGAAGGGUUUAGGCAUGAGCUGAAAAGCAAGACUGAUCAGAUUCUACACCUGGAAGAACAGCUGACUGAAGCACGGACGGAAAGUGCCGACCGCGUUGGCAGAAGCGAAAACGAAUGGUGUGAGAAGCUUAAAAAGGCUGACAUUUGUAAUACUGAGCAGAAGCUCAAGCUUGAUGCAUUGGAAACUGAAAAGAAAGACUUGUUUGAGCAAAUCGAUGCUGUGAGAAGGGAUCGGGAGUCGCUUGAGAAGUUAGUGAGUGAAAAGAAUGCAGAGCUGGAGUCAUUCGGUCAUCAGAUCGCAGUGCUCGAGACGCGGCUUGCAGAAAAAGAAUUGAAAAAUGGAGAAUGUGAGAAGCGCAGAGUGGAAGUAGAAAAUUUGUACAAUGUUUUAGCGCAGGAAGUUGAGCAGUUGAAGCAAGAAGUGGAAAUGAAAGAGGAUGAAGUAAUUACACUUCAAGGAAGGAUUGCCAAAGCACAGGAAAUCAAUGAAACUCAGCAAGUCUUGGUUCAAAAGGAAUGGGGUGAAAAGUAUAAAAAUAUAGAGGCUUCAAAUGAAGAACAGAGGCAGAAGUCGAAUGCUUUAGAAAUGGAGAAGGGUCUGCUUGAGGCACAACUUAAGGAGAUUGCUAUUGAACAAGAAUCGUUACAUGAAGCAAUAAGAACAAAAGAUAAUCAAUUGGAACAAAUUAGGGGUUUAAUAACAUCUUUGGAGAACCAACUGAAGGAUAUGAAAUUAGAGAAAGAUCGAUCAGAAAAAGAGAUAGCGGUUUUUAAAGAAGAGCAUAAAACGGAGAAGGAACAUUCCAAUGAGCUUCAAGUGCAAAAUGAUGAAUUGAAGCGAAUGAAGGAUGCAUUGGAAUCUAAUAUGCAGAUUGCGCAGCAACAAUAUGACGCAAUAUCACGUAGUCAAUCCGACUUGCUACAUGACAAAGCUCAACUGGAUAAAGCAAUUAUCCAACUGGAAGCUCAAGUGGUGAAUCUCAAGGCGGAACUGGUUAUUCGGGACGACAAGCUGGGUAACCUUAGCCAGCUAGUGCUGGAAAAUGAUUCAGAAAUUAGGCAAUUGAACAACAGGAUCAAAUUGGAAUCAAUCGAAUACACGAAAAGGAUUGAAGAACAAAAAUCCGACAAUAACAAACUAAAAAUUGAUUUGGAGAACGAAAAAGCGAAGGUCUCAGAUUAUUCCAACAAUCAGAUACCUUCAUUAAUGAGUACGAUCCAGGGUUUCACCGAGCGUCAGGACGAACUUGAGAAACAACUGAUAGCGAUAAGAAAAGACUCUUCCAAACAUGCUGCAGAUGUGGAACGGCUUGAUAAGCUCUACCAGCAGGAGAAGUUGAAUGUGGCCCGAUUGGAAAGGGCGCUAGAAGAAGCGAAUCAGAGGUCAUCGCCGCUUCAACCGGAUGGUAGGCCCUCUCUAGGUGACGGCAAAGUUGCACAUGCGCUCCGAAAGGAGAAUGAAGAUUUGCUAAAACAAUUGAACGAGAUGCAGAAGGUGCACGUAUUCAAGACCAAACAGUUGCAGGAUAGGAUUGAUGAGCUGAAACAUAUGGAAGUGGAGUGUACUAAUUUGCGGGAAGAACUCUCCACCAUGCGCCAUGAAUCCAGUUUCCAGGAGAAGGAAACGCAAAUCGUAGAGCUGAAGGAAAAGAUCAACCGAUACGAGGUGGUGUACGAGGACACCAACAACCGUCAUCGGUCGCUGCAGCGGCAGAAUGAUGAGUUGCGCAUGAAGCACCAAAAUCUGGUGAUGGAAAUGGACGAUCUGCGCAGGAUAGCCGACAAGGAUCGGAAGUCGCGGAGACAGAGCAGCCACGACUAUCGGCGCGGUGGUCUGUUCGAUACGUGCGACAAGGAAAUUAUGACGGAUCCGAGCUCUGAAGACUGUUCGUGCCGCGAAAUGGAUGCCCAAAUUAAGGAAAUGCGGAAACAACUUAUGAUCAAGGAGUGCCAGCUGAACACCCAGAAAAUGAUGCCAAAUCCGCUCAAAAAUGAAAACGUCGAGCUGCGCCAACUAGUUCGCGAACGCGAAUCCCAGAUCAACAAACUGCAGAGCGAGAUUGGUCGCGUUUCACUGUCACUGGAUCAAGAACUGAAAAGAACUGACAGACGUUGCAACGUUUGUGCCAAACAGCAACGGUUGAAGUCGCUUCGAAGCGAUAAGGCUGUAGGCACAGAGCGUUGUGACUCGCCCGAUGAUUACAGCGCCAGGUCUCCACUGCCGCAGGAGCAAACCAAGAAGUUGGAGGAAUACCAGGAAGAGCUUACCAAGUUGAAGGAGAAGUACCAAUCGAUGAAGCGACUCUGUCGGAUACGGAAUGAAAAGAUUGCCAGCUUGAAUGAGAACAUCGUGGAGAAGGAGAACGAGAGCUGCAAUGUGAAUAAGAGUGUCCAGCAGGAGGUUUCCGUUUUGAAACGGCAGCUCAAGGAGAGCGAGGAUAAGUUUUCGCAAAUACAAAAACUGUACCAGAGCAAAAGUGGAUCGGCCAGAUUGGUGGAGCGGACCGUACAAACCGAUGGCAUGUCUCUUAACGAUCAGGAGAUCCUGCGGAUGAAAUAUGAAAAGUACAAAACGAUGGCCAUAACCCUGAUGGAGCAAAACGAGGAAUUGAAACAAAGGUUAUCGUCAGCAGCCUAGCGCCCCGACAGGGCCGAACUGAGUUCCCAUUCUAGUCUGAAGCAAGUGUCUAACAAAUGACUUCAGUUUCCAAUCCGCCCGAUGCGAUGAUUAUAUGUUGUGUUGCGAGUGUGAGAAAGCGAGCAAUAGUGCGUAACCGUAAUUGUAUCUAGCCGUAUGAUUUGUGAUAACCCUUACCUUUGGUAGCAUUAUGAAAGUUUUGUUUUGUUAGGCUUACAAAACCAGUCAAAGCCUCGUAAUUGGCUAAACUAUUGACAUAUUCCCUGCUAAUGAUAAGUCAGCGUUUGGACCGCGGUUUGAUGUGGUCCCCUAUUAUGAAUAGAAAAUAUGUACUAAUACUAGUAUCCACUACAAACUAUAUCAAUUCUCUACUACCUGUUAUGCAUUUAGGAAUUCUCUAUGAAAAUAUACUUAAUUCGGUAUUUAUUCGUAUUUGUUUACACCCAAUACAAAUUAAAUUCUUACUAAACAA